AUAUGCUCCUACCUGGUGAAGGCCAGCUCCUUAAAUAGAACAGGGCCAAAUACUGACCCUGGCUAGAGCACUCCUUUAAUGGAUUCACCAGCUCACUCGAAAAGCGACGGUUACUGCUGCUGCGCUUUAGACUUGCUAUGGAGCUCCAGAGCGCGGACUUCACGUUCUGGUACUCAAUCGUUCUUGGCGGUGCAAUAGCUGUUAUCCUCGCCACAUCUUUAUGUCUCUCUGUUGUACGCUCACUCUACCCACGCCCAGUAGCUAGAUGGUUUCGCCGCGCUUGCCAUAAGACGGGGCAGGUUAUUCGGCUGCUGCACUCGAUUCCACACUCACACGCGACAGUACUGGUCCUACUCUUCCUCAUCAACGUGUUAUCGACUGCCGUGCAUGUACACGGUUACUCCGAUGUCUCGCGCCGGACAGCACGCAUGUCUGUCAUUAAUGUAGCAUGUCUUGCCAUGGGGGCUCGAAUGAAUGCAGUGGCUGAUCUUGCUCUGGUUCCCUUGCCACUAUACUUCCGUGUGCAUUAUCUUCUUGGAGUCCUGGCCAUCUUGGAAGCCGCCAUCCACGCCGGGAUUGCUCUCGCUCUGCAGACUCACCCCAUGAAUCAAGCUCCAAACGUGGCUCCCCUCACAGCUACAGCUGGAAUGGCACUCCUACUACUAUCGUCUGUGGGUCCGAUCCGCGUAUACUUCUACGAAUGGUUCAUGAAGGCCCACGUGGUUCUGUUCCUCGCAGUUUGUAUUGCUGUGCGAGUACAUCUUAAUAACUCGGAAUAUCACAAGCCGCCGCUGCUGUAUCUUGUGGUUGCGGCUGGCAUCUACCUGUCCGUAAACAUGAUGCGCCUUGCCUAUGCACUGUACCGCAACGUUGCACGAGGCGGUGCAAAGCCCUGUGCUACAAUGCAUGAGGUUGUCUAUCAUCGCACAGGUCACAAUGAUAUACUGCUGACCGACACAGUCCAGUUGCAUAUUUGUUUGGCUCGCUCAUGGAAGCCGCGUGCGGGACAGUACGUGUAUAUUACUGUUCCUAGUGCCAGCUCGCUGGCCUUCCUGGAGUCUCACCCAUUCUACAUAUACCAGACAUUGCAAGAGCAUGACAAGACGAUCAUUACAAUUAUUGCUCAAAGAAGGAAAGGGUUCACUCGUCAGCUCUCACGACCUCAGCUGAAGGCUGCCGUAGGCUACAGCGCAAUUGUCGAAGGCCCCUUCGGGCGUGAAUUGGACUUGAGCGGGUAUGGGACAGUCUUACUCUUCGCGACAGGGACUGGAAUCAUUGGCCAGAUCGGCUACGUAGCGCAACUGCUCGACAACUACGAUGCACACGACGCCAAGGCGCGAGGAGUCAAAUUGUUUUGGCAAAUGGAUUGCGAGCUCCACAUGGCGUGGGUACAGGAGACUAUGCAAUCCUUACUCGCAAGAGAUCGCGACUUGAUCCUCAACAUACAGCUUUUCGUCUGUGGCGAGUUCCUAUCGCGGAAAACGGUCAAGGGAGAUAUCAAACGCCUUGGUCUUCGGAUCACGCAGACCUUCUGCGCUAUGGAUACGCCAUGUGUUAUUGCGCACGAGCUGCACGAGCGCAAAGGCCGUACCAUAGUGUCGUUGUGUGUUGAUAAGUUGACCAAUCAAGCUAUCCGUAGGGCUGUCUGCCAAGAGGCAGACCGAGGAGUUGUGGUUGAAGAGCUCGACUUCCGCCCCUAUCAAAGCGUAAGGAAGCAUACGGCAAGGAAGACUGGAUCCGACCAGAAAGACCGGGGACAAGCAGUGUAAAGCCACAUGUAUAUUAGCGAAGAG